ACGAUUCUCCCGAAGUGAGGUCUUCACGAGGGACGCGUAACAUCAAUGUUUCAAUGCUCAAACACGCCUGAUAGCCAUAUUGAUGUAGGCACCUCGCGGCAUGGUAGUGGCACGGUCCUGCACAUCUAGCUUCGUAUAUGAGGAGCUUGAAGCUCGACUAAAGAUUUCACACCUAUCAUGCCGUCCUCGCAUCUUGCGAUCGCUGCACACUUGGCGUGGGGUCACAUUCGCCCCUUAUGCACGCUGUCUGCAAAGCUGGUCAAAUUACAGGAUCUCUAUAUCACCUUCUUGACCACACGUAGUCUUCACGGCAAGGUGACUGCAGAGCUAGCCCGUAAUUUCGAAGAUGGUGAAGAAGAGUUCGAAAGUCGCAUAAGAGUGGUGGGGCUGAACUUCGAUGAGAAAAACCCAUUUGAUCUUGCGGAAUUCGAGAGAUCUUUUGAGCAGCAGUUUUGGAUGCUCGCCAACGGUGAAUCCGCCUUAUGCGCUCACCAGCAGAAGCAACUUGCAAUUUUAAAACGCCCAGACGCUCUCUUGGUAGACAUAUUCUGUUAUAAAUUGCUGCAGAUUGCGCGACGCCUCAGCCCAGACAUAAAGGUAUGGGCUUCGGGGCCCACCUUUGGCACCUCCCUCUACGCGCUUUUCGGACCUUUCGGACCAGACAGCCGCGGAUAUCUGCAGAGAUUGGUGACCCAGCACAUGGCUGCGACUGGGCAGGAUCUGAUGCCUGCUGCGCUGGAGGUCGUCUCCAGUCCCAGUGACCAGGUCAUCCAAGCGCCGGGUCUUUUGCCAAUAUUCAAGUAUGAGAACUUCCCUCAGGAGCGCAUCCUGGAUGUACCCUUUGUUGGCCUUCUUCACCUGGAUGCUGCAUCAUUGAUUCAUGAGUGUGACGCUCUUGUCAGCUUUACAUCAGCCAUUUACGACCCAAAAGAAUGCAUCGAAGCUCUCGACGAUUUCUUCGCGCUCACAUCUCGGAAGAUGCAUCUGGUCGGUCCUCUGAUAUCCGACACGAAGCGCUCCGCCAGAGUUGAGAUGGAAGGAGCUGCCAAAUCACCUGAACUUCUCGCGUUCAUGCAGAAUGCUCUGAAGGCACAUGGCGAGGAUUCACUCAUAUACAUCUCUUUCGGAACUCUCUUCUGGAGCACUCAGCCGGACAGGCUCUGGACUGUGCUAGAUGUUCUGAUGGAGAAGAAGAUCCCUUUCAUCUUGAGCCACGCUUCUCCAUGGGCUAAAGUUCCGGAUGAAAUCUCUGAGAAAAUCAAGGCCUCGGGCUUGGGCUUCCUCACAACUUGGGCUCCUCAGCAAACGGUACUGGAGCAUCCUGUUACCGGGUGGUUCCUGACUCAUGGUGGCUUCAACAGCAUCACUGAGUCCAUUGUCGCAGGAGUCCCAAUGAUUUGCUGGCCCUUCGGCGCUGACCAAGCGCUGAAUACGUUGCUACUUACCGAGAACCUCGGCGUCGCGUACGAGCUCAUCGAGGUGCGCACGGGCAGCUCGGGCCUCAAGCCUGUCUACCGCACGGGCAAGGCACCGACAGCCACGCUCGACGCCGUCCGCGCGGAGGCAAAUACGGUGCUAGAUAAGGCGUUCAGCGAGGACGGUGCCAAGAAGCGGGCCAAUACGCAGAAUCUGAAGCACAUGUCGAGCGAGCUGUGGAAGGAGGGUGGCUCCUCCCGGAUUGCCACGCAGAAGCUUCUUAAUGACCUUCACUGAGCGGGCAAGGCAACGGACAACACUCUUCGCGAAGCCAGCAUGCCUCUGUAUAUUAUACUUAGGAUUAGACAGCGGAUUGUAAACCACGA